GUAUGAAGUCUUUUAAUCCGCAUUUAAAAAAAGAAUGGCAUUGUUAACUAGUACCUGUUGUUCAAUAUUUUUGUGUGCAUUGUUAUUUGAUAUAAGUUUAGCUCUUAACAAAUAUUCCUCUGAAGCAAAUAAAGGUAAAUAUGAAGAUCCUUUAGAGUUUCCAACCUCUCUUCGUGAGCUGGAUAAACCAUUUCGUAUGGCAAAAUUAAAUAUUCUUUGGGUAAAAGCGAAAAAUCGUUUAACAGAUCCAAAGUUGCAAUCCAUAUUCAGUGAUUUGAAAAUUCAUGACAAAGAAGAAAUUGCGUACAAGCAUUUCAAAUCUGAUGGCAAAGAUCCAAAUGGUGAAGAAGAAGCACGUUUAAGAAAGAAACUUAUUGGGAUUAUGAGCACUUAUGGAUUAUUGGAGCAUUUUGAUGAUACAGAGAAUCCAGAACUAUUAAAAAAACAUAAAGCAUUAAAUGAUGGCAGUAAUUAUAUUGCCAAAGAUGUUUUUAAAGAUAAAAAAUUGAACAAAUUAUGGGCUAAAGCUGAACUAGCAGGUUUUACACAUGAAGAAUUGGAAACUUUAAAGGAUGAGUUUCAACAUCAUCAAGAUAAAGUAGAUGAAUACAUGAGCCUUCUGAAAGAUGUGGAAGCAGGGGAUACAGAAAUACAUGAAAAUAGCUUGCAUCAUAAACCAGAAAGUUGGAAUGUCAUUGAAGAAGAAGAAGAAAAGGAUUCUAAUGAUGUGCCUGGAAAAAAGUUAGAUUAUUUAGGAAAGGCAGCUUUGCUAAGGGAAAGGCAUUUGGAAAUCAGAAGCGAUUUUGAUCGUUUAGAUCGAUUAACUGCUAAAGGUCCAAAUCACAGAGAAUUUAUAGAACCUAAAGUACAAGGUUUAUGGCGAGUUGUAUUGGAAAGUUCAUUUUCACCAGAAGAACGUGCUUCUUUGAAGGAGGAACUUCUACAUUAUGAAGGUAGACUACUUAAAUUACGGCAUUUACAUACGGAAGCUGCUUUAGAAGCUGCACGUCAAGGGAAGCCUUAUAAUUUAGAUAAUUCUACUAUGGAACAACACAUUAAAAAGCAUGCUAGAACGGUUCAAAAGCUUCACGCGGGAAUCGAAGCAAAAAUAAUGCAGAGACACUCUGAACUUUAAUACAUAUCAAAGAUAAUUAACAAUUUUUGUAAUAAUUAAAGGGUUACCUUGGAAAAAUAUUCCUAAUAAAGGUAUAAGAAAAAUCUACAUAGAUCAAA